AUGGAGAGCAAAGGAUUACUUCGCUGUAAGAUUGUGGUUGUCGGUGACACGCAGUGUGGAAAGACGGCUCUCCUCCACGUUUUUGCCAAAGACUCGUACCCAGAGAAUUAUGUUCCCACGGUGUUUGAGAAUUACACAGCCAGCUUCGAGAUCGACAAACAGCGGAUCGAGCUCAACAUGUGGGACACUUCAGGUUCAGCCUACUAUGACAAUGUGCGGCCGUUGGCCUAUCCCGACUCAGACGCUGUACUCAUCUGCUUUGACAUCAGCCGCCCGGAGACGAUGGACAGCGUGCUGAAAAAGUGGCAAGGUGAGACGCAGGAGUUCUGUCCCAAUGCCAAAGUGGUGCUGGUCGGCUGCAAGUUGGACAUGAGGACAGAUCUCAACGUCUUGAGGGAGCUUUCCAAACACAGACUCAUUCCUAUUACCCAUGAACAGGGCACUCAUUUGGCGAGGCAGAUCGGUGCCGUGGCCUAUGCAGAGUGCACUUCAAAGUAUUCUGAGAACAGCGUCCGUGAUGUUUUCCACGUCACCACAGUGGCGUCUGUGUCCCGCAUCCACCGGCCUCAGCUCAAACGUGCUGGCUCACGUCGCGGCCUCAAGCGGGUCUCCCAGCAGCCGCCCCGGACUGAGAUUCACGAGCAUCCCCCUCCCAUUAGAAAGGACCGGGCCAAAAGCUGUGUGCUCAUGUAG